UGUCUGUUGAUAUCUGUUGUUGUCUCAGUGUGGCCUCAGGAGGAGUACAUCGUGGAGUAUUCUCUGGAGUACGGUUUCCUGCGUCUGUCUCAGAGCACCAGACAGAGACUCAACAUCCCCGUCAUGGUCGUCACUCUCGAUCCCAUGAAGGACGAGUGUUUCGGUGACGGCUUCAGUCGCUUCCUGCUCGAUGAGUUUUUGGGCUACGACGACAUCCUGAUGUCCAGUGUGAAGGCGCUCGCUGAGAAUGAGGAGAACAAAGGGUUCCUGAGAAAUGUGGUGUCUGGAGAACAUUACCGCUUCGUCAGCAUGUGGAUGGCCAGAACCUCCUACCUGGCCGCUUUCGUCAUCAUGGUCAUAUUCACUCUAUCCGUGUCGAUGCUGCUGAGAUAUUCUCACCACCAGAUCUUCGUCUUCAUCGUGGAUCUUCUUCAGAUGUUGGAGAUGAACAUGACCAUCGCCUUCCCAGCAGCCCCUCUGCUCACCGUCAUCCUGGCUCUCGUUGGCAUGGAGGCCAUCAUGUCUGAGUUCUUCAACGACACGACAACGGCGUUCUACAUCAUCCUCAUUGUCUGGUUGGCCGAUCAGUACGACGCCAUCUGCUGCCACACCAACACCAGCAAACGCCACUGGCUGAGGUUCUUCUAUCUUUACCACUUUGCCUUCUACGCGUAUCACUACCGCUUCAACGGACAGUACAGCAGCUUGGCCCUGGUCACCUCCUGGCUCUUCAUCCAGCACUCCAUGAUUUACUUCUUCCACCACUAUGAGCUUCCUGCCAUCCUGCAGCAGAUCCGGAUCCAGGAGAUGCUGCUUCAGAACCAGCAGGCGGGUCAGGCCAACCAGACCGCCCUGCAGGACAACCUGAACAACAACCACAGUGCUGCUGCUGGACCAGGACCAGGACCAGGACCAGGACCAGGACCAGGACCAGGACCAGGGCCAGAACCAGGACCUGCCAACACCACCCAGCCAGGAACCAACACCACUCAGCCGGGGCCUCAGACCGACCCCCAGACCUCCUCCUCGCUCUCCCCAGCAGCAGCAGCAGGAGGUGGGGGGGAGGUCAGGUCGGAGCUGAACUGGGUCGCUCAGACGGCCGCCAUCAUCACUGAAGCUCUUUCCUCCUCCAACCAGCUCUCCACCUCCUCCACCGACGCCGUCGACGGAGGAGGUGCAGCUGGAGGUCAGGGACCAGCAGGAGCAGCAGAGGUCAGUGUGGUAGCAGAGUUUUGGAUGGCAGCAGGAGUCGGAGAAGGAGCAGCAGGAGGAGGAGGAACAGCAACAGCAGCAGGAGGUGGAGCACCAGAAGCAGGAGUAGGAGGAGGAGCAGCAGGAGUAGGAGUAAGAGGAGGAACAGCAACAGCAGCAGGAGGAGGAGGAGGAGGAGGAGGAGGAAGAGGAGCAGCAGCAGGAGGAGCCGAUCCUCCUCCCAGCUGUCCAAUCAGAGGGCUCCAGGUGGGGGUGGCGGGGCCCUCGGAGGCGACACCCCCACAGACAGACUGCCCCCCCUCACAGAGUCCAGGUACAGACUGCAGACCACCACAGACCUCGUCCUGAGAGUCCAGGUCUUGAGAGUCCAGGUCCUGGUCCAGGUGGAGUCCUGCUGACAUCAUCUCAGCGGGGUGACACAGCACCUCAGUCUGUCAGCUGAUCAGGGUCAUUGAUCAGUGAUUGCCUGGUCUCUGACCUCACAGCUGAACCAGCCAAUCACACAAACAUCUGAUUGAUUAGUUCAGUGUGUCUCAACCUGAGGGUCGGGGGACGGGUCGGGGACAGGCCAGAUCAAGUCCAGUUCAGUUCAGUCUAGAACAGAAAAGACUUCUUAAUGUCCAUCAACUAAUCGAUCAAUCAAUCGAUCAAUCAGCUGAUCAUAAAGUAAAUAAAGACUCUCUUCAGUGUUUCUAUUGACGACACUCCUGAUACCCCUGAUCCUUCCUAUUGAUCCUUCCUAUUGAUCCUUCCUAUUGAUCCUCCCUGUUGAUCCUUCCUGUUGAUCCUUCCUAUUGAUCCUUCCUAUUGAUCCUCCCUGUUGAUCCUUCCUGUUGAUCCUUCCUAUUGAUCCUUCCUAUUGAUCCUUCCUAUUGAUCCUUCCUAUUGAUCCUCCCUGUUGAUCCUUCCUGUUGAUCCUUCCUAUUGAUCCUUCCUAUUGAUCCUUCCUAUUGAUCCUCCCUGUUGAUCCUUCCUAUUGAUCCUCCCUGUUGAUCCUUCCUAUUGAUCCUUCCUAUUGAUCCUCCCUGUUGAUCCUUCCUAUUGAUCCUUCCUAUUGAUCCUCCCUGUUGAUCCUUCCUAUUGAUCCUUCCUGUUGAUCCUCCCUGUUGAUCCUUCCUAUUGAUCCUUCCUGUUGAUCCUUCCUGUUGAUCCUUCCUGUUGAUUCUUCCUAUUGAUCCUUCCUGUUGAUCCUUCCUGUUGAUCCUUCCUGUUGAUCCUUCCUAUUGAUCCUCCCUAUUGAUCCUUCCUAUUGAUCCUUCCUGUUGAUCCUCCCUGUUGAUCCUUCCUAUUGAUCCUUCCUGUUGAUCCUCCCUGUUGAUCCUCCCUGUUGAUCCUCCCUGUUGAUCCUCCCUGUUGAUCCUUCCUAUUGAUCCUUCCUGUUGAUCCUCCCUGUUGAUCCUCCCUGUUGAUCCUUCCUAUUGAUCCUCCCUGUUGAUCCUUCCUAUUGAUCCUUCCUAUUGAUCCUCCCUGUUGAUCCUUCCUAUUGAUCCUCCCUGUUGAUCCUUCCUGUUGAUCCUCCCUGUUGAUCCUUCCUAUUGAUCCUCCCUGUUGAUCCUUCCUAUUGAUCCUCCCUGUUGAUCCUUCCUAUUGAUCCUUCCUGUUGAUCCUCCCUGUUGAUCCUUCCUAUUGAUCCUCCCUGUUGAUCCUUCCUAUUGAUCCUCCCUGUUGAUCCUCCCUGUUGAUCCUUCCUAUUGAUCCUUCCUGUUGAUCCUUCCUGUUGAUCCUUCCUAUUGAUCCUCCCUGUUGAUCCUUCCUAUUGAUCCUUCCUGUUGAUCCUUCCUGUUGAUCCUCCCUGUUGAUCCUUCCUGUUGAUCCUUCCUGUUGAUCCUCCCUGUUGAUCCUUCCUGUUGAUCCUCCCUGUUGAUCCUCCCUGUUGAUCCUUCCUGUUGAUCCUUCCUGUUGAUCCUCCCUGUUGAUCCUUCCUGUUGAUCCUUCAUCAUCACCAUCACUCUGUAGUUUAUUAUCACCGUCCUGCUGACCCAAUGAGAGACACAGACAGGAAGUGAGACAGGAAGUGAGACAGGAAGUGAGACAGGAAGUGAGACAGGUUGUUUGGAAGUGAAAUAUAGAAAAACACCAGAUUGUUCCUUUAAGAUCACUUUAAACACUGAAACUGGUAGAAAAAGAUAAAAUCCACUGAUGAUCAGUUAUUGAUCAGUUAUUGAUCAGUUAUUGAUCAGUUAUUGAUCAGCCCUGAUUCUGACAGACUGAAGCACAAACUGUUGAUUUCUGUUUCCAUCUGCUUUUAUUUUGAAGAAAAAGACUCUUUGAGAGCAGGAAGUAGUUUUGGCGGUCGGACUGAUCGAUUGAUCGAUCGGGUGGAUCGGGACUUCCUGUCCGAUCAGAUGCCUUAUCAAUAAUCCUCUUUGGACACUUUGGAGACGUCAGCAGCGGAGCGAGCUGAUUGGUUGUGCAAUAUGACGCCAGCUGUGUCACGCCUCAGGCCCCGCCUCCUACUGUCACUGUGAUGCGUUCAGGGUCCGACGGCAGAGACGGCUGCUGGUGCGUUCAAGUGCUAAAUGUGAGCGUUGAUUCUCAGAUCUGUUGGCUGCUGUCGUCAUUUUAAUAUCAUUUAUUAAACACAUUAAUUAUU